AUGAUAUUGCCCUUUGAGUCCAGUGGAGACCCCCAAUCCCCCAAUGCGGCAAAAAAUUUUCUUGGAUUGCCUCCUCAGGUCGCCCCCCACUCUGAAAAAACUGAGAACCCAUCCAAAAGCCAAUCAGGUAACAACCAGCUCCCACCCUCCCGCCUUGCCGCUCCAACCUUGUCAAACACAGCAACCAACCCCCACGCAAGCGGGGUCAUUGCCUUAGCAACCUUGCAACGUCAGGGUCUGGCAAGUAUUGUUCUGGUGUGCAAAGCAAACUCCCCCAAUGCUGUCAGGUGCAACGACCAACAAUAG